CGUGGUUUGGCGGGCGCCCAGACAUGGCGGACGCCGGCAGCUGGCAGCCGCCGCGGUCCUGCGAGGCCUACCGGGAGGAGUGGGAACUCUGCCGCAGCGCCCGGCACUUCCUGCAUCACUACUACGUCCACGGCGAGCCGCCUGCCUGCGCGCAGUGGCUGCGCGACCUGACGAGCUGUCGCAAUUGGGAGGAGCGCCGGAGCGCCGAGGCCCAGCAAUCUCUCUGUGAGAGCGAGCGGGCCCGUGUCCAAGCUGCACAGAAACACACCCUGGUAUGGACCCUGAGGCAGAAGCCCCCUGCAGGAUGGCACCUUCCUCUGCCACAAGAGAAGGAUGAGUGAUGAAUGACCAGCACCCCUGUCCUUGCCUGUGUGGCUUCCUUGAGUUCUUCUUGUGGGGCCUGAAGUAGCCCUAAGGACUGUGCCUAGCCCAAAACCCUGCGAUCCUCUGAGCAAAUGGCCUGACCUGAAAUAUAGAACAGAACCUGUCCAGCCCUGCCUGCCAUCCCUCAUUUGCACAAGGGCAUCUUGCCAUAGUGAUGCUCCAAAAGCUCAUUCUGGCUUUUUAUAUAUAUGUGGUACUGAGGCAUUGAACC